CUUCUGGGUUUCUUUAUAAUCCUUUCUGGGUUUUGUUAGAACUGAGGAAGAAACCCAUUUCAAUUCGACCCACUUCGCGUUUCCCUCAGUAGGGUCUGGUUGGAGCGGUGCUUGGACACCCAACGCGUUACUAUUGAUAGUUAGAAAUGGGUAUAUAUCUCAGCACCCCAAAAACUGAUAAGUUCUCUGAAGAUGGUGGGAAUGACAGACUUAAGUAUGGUUUGUCCUCCAUGCAAGGAUGGCGUGCAACCAUGGAAGAUGCUCAUGCAGCAUAUCCCGAUCUGGACACUUCCACAUCUUUCUUUGGUGUUUAUGAUGGUCAUGGGGGUAAAGUAGUUGCUAAAUUCUGUGCGAAGUACCUUCACCAACAGUUUCUCAAAAAUGAAGCAAAUUCAGCUGGGGAUUUGGGUACUUCAGUCCAGAAAGCUUUUUUCAGAAUGGAUGAGAUGAUGCGGGGACAGAGAGGGUGGAGAGAGUUAGCUGUAUUGGGAGACAAGAUAAACAAGUUUACUGGCAUGAUAGAAGGGUUGAUAUGGUCUCCAAGGAGUGGGGAACCAAAUGACCAACUUGAUGAUUGGGCUUUUGAGGAGGGGCCCCACUCUGAUUUCACUGGACCAACAUCUGGAAGCACGGCUUGUGUUGCAAUUAUCCGAAACAAUCAAGUUGUCGUUGCAAAUGCCGGUGAUUCUCGGUGUGUAAUAUCUAGGAAGGGGCAGGCAUACAAUUUAUCAAGAGAUCACAAACCUGACCUUGAGGUUGAGAAAGAAAGGAUCUUAAAGGCUGGUGGUUUCAUUCAUGCUGGAAGAGUCAAUGGAAGUUUAAACUUAGCGAGAGCUAUUGGCGAUAUGGAAUUCAAGCAGAAUAAAUUUUUGCCUGCUGAAAAACAAGUUGUUACUGCCAAUCCCGACAUAAAUACUGUUGAGCUUUGCGGUGAUGAUGAUUUUAUCGUGCUCGCUUGUGAUGGCAUUUGGGAUUGCAUGUCAAGCCAACAACUAGUUGAUUUUGUUCAUGAACAGCUGAAGACUGAAAGCAAGCUGUCUGUGGUCUGCGAAAGAGUAUUGGAUAGGUGUUUGGCACCAUCAACGGCUGGUGGUGAUGGAUGUGAUAACAUGACCAUGAUCUUGGUGCAGUUGAAGAAACCAGGUGAGCCUGUAGUACCCAUUGAGGAAAAGUCAUUGCCAUCUGAAGUGGCAGAAGCCAAUUCAAAACCAGCAGAGACUGAUCCAAAGCCUUCAGAAAAUGAAGCAAAUUAGAGAAAUAUAUACUAAUGCUCAUUGGAGGAUUGUUGGAUCCUAUUUCCAGUUGACAGGAUCUCUGGUGGAUUGAGGGAGGGGGGGGGGGGGGAGGGUUCUCUUUUGACAUGUUAGACUUGGAUUCUCACAACAUAUCUGUAAAUGUAGAUAGUUCAGCGAAAACUGAGUAAAAGAAAAGUUUAGCAAGGUUUAUUGUGUGUAUUUGUGGUUGCCUAUUAUUUGUCUAGCAUAACUACAUCAGGAUUGUUGCAAUAAAAUUGUACAGAAUGCCUUUAACCAUCAGCUUCUAUGAGCAAUGGAUUUUGAAUCAGCAAAA